UCGCAACCCAAAGAGGCUGAGAGCAUGUUGCCGAUUUCCCCUACGACGCAUCGAUAGUCCACUCUCCGUACACAUUCUUUGCAAACCAACCCACCCGACACGAUUCACCUGAGUCUCGCUUACGAUAUCAACCUCUCAAGAACACUCCACCGCCUCGAACUCGGGUUCAAUGGCAGCGCCCCCCCCUCCACCUCCUCCGGCGCGAGGCGGCCUGUCUCUCUACGCGAACCUCCUCGACCCGGUUGUCGACGCCUCCUCGGCCACGAUCUCCAGCGCACCAGUCCGCUACAAUCAAGAUGGUACCGUUGCAGAUGCAAAAGACGACGCAGCAGCGAAGAAGCUCAUAGAUCCAUCCCUCCGCUUCCAGCCCAUCCGUAGGCCACAGGCCAAGGCCACAAAACCAAAGCCAACCUUCCCGAAAACGAUACCCAGCGCGAACGCCUCUGCAGGAGCAUCAUCAGCACCGUCGCCCGCAUCCGCGCCCUCGACAGCUCCGCAGCAGCCCCCGCCGCCGAAAAGCACCCUCGCCGACUGGGCCGUCACCGAGGACGACGAGUGGCGGUACAGCGUGAACGUGAGCGGCGAUAAAUCUCACCAGCGCGGCGGCCGCCGGAAGAAGAAGAAGAAAGGUCACAAUGACCAGCCGGCUGAGACGAACUGGGACGACAUCUACGACCCGACCAAGCCCACAAACGUCGAGGAGUACUUGCGCAGCGACGAACGUAUCCGCGAGGUGCAGGAAUGGAAGAGGGUGCUCUACCGCCACCGCAGACGCAGGAGUUCAAGCGAUGAUAGUGACGAAGAGCCGGCUCGCCAGCAGGCAACAAACCAGUUUGCGCCGCCGCCCGAAUACUCCUUCGUCCCUCCACCACCGGCCUCCCCGCCGCCGGCGUCCGCGGUACAGAUUCCCGACGAUACAGCCGGCGACGACGUCUACACUCGCCGCCUAGCUCUCUCCGGAGAUGUACCGCCACCCCCUCCCGACGCCAAUCUUCCUCCUCUGCCACCUCCGACAGACGCAGCAACCAUAUCCCGCGCGCCCGUUCGCUACACCCCGUCCACAGAACCCCAACCGGCAGCAGAAAAGGGAGACUCCGACCGAGACUCCCCUCCUCCAGCCCUCGGCCUCGGCGCCACCCCCGCCGGCGCCGACGACGAACCGCUUGUGCCGCGUUCCUCCCGCCCAGGCCAAGCUGGCUUCGCCCAGCGCUUGAUGAGCAAAUACGGCUGGACAAAGGGCUCCGGCCUCGGCGCUGACGAGUCCGGCAUCGUCAACCCGCUUAGGGUGCAGGUGGAGAAGCGCAAGAAGAGGUCUGACGCCGAGGGCGGCGGCUGGGCUGAGCCCGCCAACCGUGCCAAGGUCCUCGGCGGGAAGCGCAAGGACGACGCUGAGGGCGGCAAGUUCGGCGGGCCCAUGAGCGAAGUCAUCGUGCUGCAGCAGAUGCUUGACAACAUGGAAGACCUCCGGGGAGAGAUCGCAAAUGGCCUGGGACAGGAGAUUGGGGAAGAGUGCGGCGAGAAGUAUGGCCGUGUUGAGCGCUUAUACAUCGACGUCGAGAACCGGCAGGUCUUCAUCAGGUUCACAGAUCAAGUUUCCGCACUUCGUGCCGUCAACGAACUGGAUGGCCGCGUCUUCAACGGCAACACCGUAGUGCCCAAGUUCUAUGAUACUGAAAAAUUUGAGAGAGGGGUCUAUCAGUAGUGUUAAACCAGCAGCGCCAACAAUGGUCCAGAUUGAUCCUCUCACCUCUCCGUAUACAUCAAGUUGUUUUUUAUGUUAGCUUCCUCGUUCGAUACAGUUCGUUUGGGGGAAAACCCCCGUCAUCGUUGUGAGACUUGAGCCGGCCAUUCCACAGUACACACAAGUUGAAUGCUUCACGGAUACAC